GCUUGAUGGGACGAGUAGUUCCUGUGGGCCGCACCUGUGAAAGCGGCAGAACAAGCCUUGUUGCUGCCUGGGGCUGAACCAGAAGGCGGGACCCUGUGUGCUAGAGGGGACGCGGCUUCCAGAGGCCGUAUUGGCGAACCGGGAAGGAGGUGCCAGGCCGUUUCUGUUGAGCCCCGCUGCGGGUCCUGUGUCACGUGAUCGUAUGGGCGGCGGUUUAUUGGGGCCGUUAUUAGGCGGGCCCAUGGCGCGAGCUCCGGAACUGCUAUGGGGCGCUCGAGGCCUGGCGCUGCUGUGGUGGCUGUGUGGAUGCUGCGGCAUAUGGAGGUAUAAAACUAAUGUAGAAAACUAUGCUCUCCUCACUACCAGAACCACUAUAUAUUUAGAGUAUGAAGGACCUUCAUUUGUGGAAUGGGACAUUUCUACGUUAUGUACUGUUACAAAUAAAAGUUCACCUACAGCAACACUGAAUUGUCCAGUUCCUGGAAUUCACAAGAUUAGACCAAUAGUUGGCAAUGAGACAUUAGAGAAUGUGGACCGCUAUUUCUCUAUCUCUAAACAUUUGAAUUGCUUUUUGUGGUAUGUGUUGAAAAGUUCUUCAGAGCAGAGCUCCGUUCCAUCCUCAAAAAAUGAUAGCCAGGAGUUAAUCUUAUGGAUAUACGAUCCAGAAAAUGCAGAACCCUCUGAACUGAAUCACAGUGCAACAUCUCCACCACCGAAUUCUAAGACACUUAGCAAGCAGUUUUGGAAUUUGGGACAGGAACCUGUUGUUCAGACCUAUUUUAGAAAUACCAAAUACUUUGCUACUGCAUUUCCAGAGUUGGGAUUCUGGAAAAUUAAUGUACCUGCAAUGUUGGAUGACAUCAUAACUAAUAUCCAUGGAAAGGCAAUAGCUUUUCAGGAUUGUUUUGUUCUAGAUAGUCCCUUUAUCAUUUCCAGGCCUGAAGAGCCAUUUCCUAACAAUGUAAGUGACAAUUCCCUCUGUUCCCCAGCUGGUAGUGAGCCCUACAUUGAGUGGUCUGCAUGUUUUCCAACAACUGCACUUUUGUUGUCAGAAUUUGGAACUUUCCAUACAAAUGAUGGAUUUAUAACUUAUAAAGAAAUCAAAGCUCCAUCACACAUUUUGGACUUUGACUUAAGUCACAACGUAACUGAUAUUGUUUUAACUGAUGAUGGAAUCUUAUUUUUAAUAAUGGGGACAGUUUACAAAAGAGAGUCCAAUCGGUUUUUUAAACUUGGACCUGAAUACAAUCUACCAGAAACGGGAAUAACUGGAAUACAGUCAAGACUUUGGUGUUCAUCUGAAUAUCCAGUACAGAGUGGAAGAAAAUUAAGUACAGUAGCAAUAUGGACACCAAGUGAACAAUAUCUAGGAUAUGAUGGCAAUGUGUUUAUUAAAAUAACAGAUACAACAAAGCUAAAGAGGGUCCUAGAUUUGCCAAUGGCCGCUUCUUUAUCUAUAGGCACUGUUUGCUAUGACUCACGCCCAUCUGAAGUUUCGUUGCUGAUGGCCUGCGUUGGGUGCAGCUCCUCCAGGGUGUUUUAUCUGUCAGCUUAUAACGAAGACCGAGAUUUGUGGGUCCUGAGAGACUUUUCCUUAAAUGCUCCUCCCCAGGGUUUUAUGCAAAUGGAAUUUGUAUAUUCAGCAUCACCAUCUAUGCUGAUGUGGAACAAGGAAAAGAUCUAUUAUAGCUAUAAAAACAACACAAUUAAUGGAUUUGUUAUAGUAUCUGGGUUAAAUCAGACACUAUCGGAAGUAUCUCGAGGGAGCACUAUUCACCAACUGGUUAUUGACUAUUUCGGGAACACUGUGAUAAAGAUGAAAAACAAUAUGAUGAUUUUUUUUAAAGUUGAAAUGAAAGAUGCUGUGGAGCUCCCUGAAUGGGAAAAGAAAAGCAUAAACAUAGUCCUUUACUUGAAUCCAUCUGGUAACCUAUAUAUGCUGUUUAUCAAUGGUUCUAGUAUACACCGUGAGGACUAUCCCUUGAAAACUGAAAUGUUUAGUUACAUACAUGGUUUUCAAGAUAUUUGCCCAUAUGUAGUAUUUAAGCACAGCAUGGAUUUAAAUGUCUAUUACCUGGACAUGGGAGAUGAAGUGACAUUUUGGGCUCAAAUAGUCUAUAUGGAGAAUCUGGGCUUAUCCACAGAUGUGGAAAUCUACAGGCCAGAAUUGCUGAUGCAGACAACAUAUGUCGAUUAUGAAAUAGCUCGUGGAAUCUGUACUAAAAACCAGACAAUAAAAUUUUACCAUAAAAUGGACUACAGCCUUGAACCUAAUUACACAGAAGCAUUAAUUGCAUCCACAGGUGUUAUGACAGUUGAACUACAACCUAGUAGGUCUGCAAAAAUGUGUGCAACAAACAAUAAGGUAUUUGCUCAUUUAUAUACUUUUACUGAAGCAUUAUAUUAUACCUAUAUUGUUUAUAGAUAUGAUGGCAGCACAUUUGUUAAAACAGUUGAGGCAAAUUUUAUAUUAUGGGAGGUUCACGGCAGAAGUGACUACAGCUACAACUCAUCUAUGAAGCAGGUGGGUUGUUUGCGUGAAGCACAGACUUGGAUUUCAAUGCUUGAGGAACAUGAAAACAGUACAUUAGACGAAAUAUGGGGGCCACAGAAUUACAGAUCCUGCUUUGAAUCUGAACUUGGACCUCUAGGAGACCUAAAUCAGCUGUAUCAAAUUUUGAACCACUCUGGUUACAAUUCUGUCAUUUGGCCUACUGAGUACAGUGGCAUUUAUGUGUUCAGAGUGAAGAUAGUGGACCCAAAUUUCAGUUUUUGUGACUUAAAUACAAUCUUUGCAGUCCGUACAUAUGGCAUAGUAGAAAGUCCAAACAUUGGUAAGGUUGCUGGCUUUUCAAUCCUCAUACUGUCCAUUUUUGGGGGCAUCCUUGUUAUAAGCUACUUCAGGUAUGUGAAGAUUUAUCGAGCACUCAUUUAUGUUGAUCCACUCCCAUCACAUGACCAACAAGAUCAAACAAGAAAGACAGCACAUGAGUUGAAGAAGGACCAAUAAUUUAUCUACCAUACUGAUGGCAUUCUGUGUAAAGAAACUGUAAGAGUACAUUGGCUUUUUAAAUAAUUUCAAUGUUGUUGGAUGGGUUAAGGGUUGUUUUCACAAAAAAGCUUUUCACCUUUCAUAUAAGACUAAUGUGACUCGUGUUUAGUUUCCAGUUCCUGUUUAGUUUUCAGCUGUACCAUUGAGCUUAACAUAUCCCAUUGGUUUCCUUCGUUGUGUGUGUGUGUGUGUGUGUGUGUGUGUGUGUGUGUGUGUGUGUGUGUGUGUGUGUGUGUGUAGAUGGAGGGCAGUUUAUGGCCCCCUUAGUAGCCACCUCUCAAACCAAAUUAAAUUAAAAUACAUUUAUGAUCUUUAGGCUUGAUUCAGCCCCAAUUUAUGCUGGCUUUCAUCAGGAUAACAAGCCUGCAUGGCUUUUGGCAAUUUGAAAUCUGGGGGACAGCUGCGUCAGUACAAAACUUCCACUCUAUCGAGGGCCUGUAUGCAGCCACUGCAGUCCCCAAAGUGAGCAACGCUGUUUAGGGCAAGGAGAUAUGCUGAUUCAACAUAUUUUUUUGGAUGGUGUAUAGUGACUGGGCUCCUGUGAAACCCUAGUUGCAUUUUAAAGCUGCCGUUCCCCAUGAGUGCCUCCCCUUCACAAGUAUGAAUCAAUGAAUCCCCUAGUCCAUAAGACAGUUAAGACCAGAUUGUCAGCUGGUGAAUGUUUGAGCAACUCCAUUGACUUCAGUGUAGCUACACUAAUUUAUACUAGCUGAUGAUCUGGCCCCCAGAUUCUAAGAAUCACUUAUACUUUGAAUAGAUCAGAGCCUUGUAUAAAAAGUAUGUUUCAAAGACUUGGUAGAUAAUGCUACUUCUAAAAUAUUCUGACAGCUAUAAUUCUCAAUGUCUAUUAUAAAUUUUAUGGCAAAUAGCAGUUACUCAGAUCUGAAAACUUCUGUGAUCACAUCUUCAAUUUAAAUAUAUUAUUGGUUGUAAUGUAUUGAAUGUGAAUCUCGGUAGCUGCAACUGCAUGCAAAAUGUACUAGAUUUCUGUAUACAAACUUUAAACAAAUUUUGUAACCUUUUAGUGAACUCAGAUGUUCAACAGACCCCAUCGCAGCUCCUUCAAGUAACUAGUAUAUUUUGUAAAGCUUCAAAAGAGAAUCAAAUCACAUCAGCUACUGUAACUUAAUACAUUCAGACACAGUAAAUUGAAUAUUUUUAUUACUAACCUA